GGACGGCAGCAGUGCCGUCGAACAAAAUGGCAGCUUCCAGCUGAUGCAGCGAACGGGUGUCGUUCGUUGUGCGAACAACACCGCGGUGAUGUUGAGCCGAACAGCUUUCUGUGGGUCUAGCUAGAUUUCCGAGGAGCAGCGAUGUGGCGUCAGCGGCUUUUACUGGUGCUUCGUCGCGCCGCGUUCGGCUUUCCCGUGGCCGUGGCGUUUGUCGACUGUGUCGCGUACGUCGCCAAGGUUGAAGGGGUAUCCAUGCAGCCGGAGCUAAACCCGGUGCCCGAAGAGUUCUCCGACUACGUGCUACUCAACCGGUGGGCGUCACGAAGCUGUGAGGUGCAGCGCGGUGAAGUAGUCGCCAUCAAGGACAAUGCCUGCUUUGACAUCCGCAGCGUCGCCGCAAGAAGCGUGUUCCAUGUGUUUUCAUCGACGGCGAGUCUUCAAGGUCGUCAGGAAACUCCGGUGCUCGAAAACGGCAAUAAAUUAUUUGCCUACACUGAUUUCCUGCAUCCGAGCACGAUGAGCUCGACUUCGUCGGCGUAUACGCGUGGCCUCUGAAAGAGAAAAGCAUCUGAAAGAGAAAAGCAUUUUUCACUUUCAGAGUGAAAGAAAGUGAAACACCUUGAUGUGGCAAGGCAGGAAUCAAAUUCAGGAGAGUGCUAACUCCCAGCAAGCAUGCACAAAAAUCAAGAUUUCAUGUCAUGCAGAACUAUUGAGGACAGGCUUACACAAAGUGUUACUUGUUAUUAUAUAGGUGGUAGGCUUUAAUAAUAUCUCUGGUGGCCUGAUUGCUAUGGUCGGAAAGAAUUGUAUUAUCUUUAAAGGUUAAUGCGCACCCUAGUUCCGAAAGUUUCCUUGCAACGUACGAGUACGCAUUGGUUUCUAGCGAGAUAUAUAUACUGUGAGCAUUGUUUAUGCCCUUCACGUUCUCAUAUGUACAUGUUCAUCAUCACAAACUGUGUUUGCGUUGUGGGGCUCAUGCUCGGGACAAUAAAGAAGAGUCUUG